AUGAGGAAAGCAAAGAGGAGGAAGCUUACAGAUUUCUUCAAAAGCUACGGAGGCUACUGUCCACAGCUGAAAUUUCACCUGGGCAAGCCGUACAGUCAGCAUACGAAACUCCUGACCUCGCUGGAGAUUUCACACGUUCUGAGACUGGUGCUGAGUUCAGGACCAUCACCUUCCACAGAAGAGGACAUGGGGACGAGGGAGGAGAUCUGGAGGAGAGGGACAGGACACAGGAAGACGCUGCAGAGAAUGAUCCCAGGCUACACAGGUUUCAUCCCCAGAAGUCAGAAUUACUUCUCGAAGAGGUAUGCAGAGACGUGUCGAGAAGCAAUCAGUGAGUUUGAUUCAGAUCAGAAGGGGAGAGUUUGGCCAGCUGCAGCUGACACGCUAACUGCAGUGGGCCGAACAUUUCCACACAUCAAGCCACAGGCACUGAACACGCCUUUGGUGGCCGUCUCUACAGAACCGAUUUCCUAUAAAUCCCUGGACUGCUGGAAGCCCCUUGGCUCUCCGUAUUCAAUGGAAGACAGCAACCCACACAAGUACUUCAUUUCAGGAUUUACUGGUUACGUCCCCAAAGCCAGGUUCCUGAUGGGUUCCAGCUUUCCCAUUGCCACCAACAAGGCACUGAUCCAGUUUGGCAAGCAGAUGAAAGAGAGUCACACCGCGCUCGGACUGACGAGCGAAAGCGCUGACAAUCUGGUCUCAGUGCCCACCAUCUACUCCACACACCGAGGCCUGCUGCCCCGAGACACCGGACAUGUGCCAGCUACUGGAUACAGGUUUCAAUACGGACAGACGUUUGGGCAGCUCACCAAAAGCAUGUUAGAUCUGAGCAGCACUCGCAAGAAGAUCGACAUCGAGGGAUGA